AUGCCACGACAAAGAGGACUUUCAAAUGCCUCUUCCAUCUCCUCAGCUCCAGACCAGGUAUCCAAAGCAAACCACAAUAAUGUACCCAUUCAAAGAACCCAAUCUAACAACCGCCAGGAGUUGGGGAGUAUGUACGACUACUUGGCCAAAAUCAUCCUCCUAGGACCCAGUGGUGCUGGAAAGUCUUGUGUGCUACACCGAUUCGUAAAGGAAGAAUGGCGCGUCCUUUCCUCCCAAACCAUCGGUGUGGAAUUCGCCUCCCGUAUCGUUAAACUAGGCACCGGCUCCCGUCGUCGAAGAAUCAAACUCCAGCUUUGGGACACAGCAGGUACUGAGCGUUUCCGCUCCGUGUCGAGAUCCUACUAUCGCGGCGCAGCAGGCGCAAUCCUGAUCUAUGACGUCGCCUCCUACGCCUCAUUCUCUUCCCUCCCGACCUUCCUGAUGGAUGCGCGCGCUCUCGCUUCGCCGAACCUAUCCGUGAUCCUGGCGGGUAAUAAAGCUGACCUGGCAGCGGAUGACGAGGAACAACCGCCGCCGACCCCAUCCAGCGCUUCGAGUUUGCAGUCUUCUAUACCAUGGGAUGCAAAUGGGUCUAUUCGGUCGAGUCACUUGGUUGGGACGAGGCUGACUGCUACGCGUGGAUCGGAGGGGCGGGAGGUGAGUGUCGAGGAGACGUCACAGUGGGCUGCGAUGUCGAACAUACCCGUUGCGGUUGAGAUUAGUGCUUUGACCGGUGAUGGGGUGGAAGAGGUCUUUAAUCGCCUGGCGCGGAUUAUCUUGACCAAGAUCGAGCUCGGGGAGAUCGAUCCUGAUGAUCCGCAGAGUGGGAUUCAGUAUGGUGAUGGGGGACUCUAUCAUGGGAGUGAUGCUUCCAGUGUGAGGAGUCGGGCAACAUUGGAUGAGAAUUCUGUGCCGCUGAGAAGAAAGCGAAAAGGAAAACCUCCCUCGGGCCAUGGGUGGAAGAGUGGGAUGAGAGAAUGGGAGGAUGUCUUCCGCUUGGGCUCUGGCAGCCACAGGAAUCAAGGGUGUUGUUAG